GAAAAGAGAGCGGGCCCAUAUGGCCACAUAUCAUGCCCAAACUCUGAAAAAUUGGCCAAAAUCCAAUUCAAGUCGAAAAUUCUGCACAAACGGCAAACCCGCCCCAAAAUUGCCCCGGUCCAAUAUUGCAUCUCCGACGACUUUCGAAGCCUUUCCACUUCUGUAAUCUACUCCACUAAUCUCUUCAUCUCUUGCUCUUGAGCUCUUCCUCAGAAAUCAGAAGUGCAAGUAGUUGAGAGAGAGAGAGAUAAAAAUGGAGAGUGAGGCAGCUCCAUACAUAGCAAUGUUAAUGGCGGAAUGUUGCCAAGUAGGACUCAUGAUUAUCAGCAAACAAGCUAUGAACACUGGUAUGACCACUUUUGUCUUCGUCUCCUACUCCAAUGCUCUUGCGUCCCUUAUCCUCCUCCCAUUCUCCCUCUUCUUCCACAGAUCACAUCUUCCCCCAAUCAAUUUCUCUCUCUUUGGAUGGUUUUUCCUGCUUGCUCUCUUUGGGUAUUUGGCUCAGUUAUUUGGGUAUACUGGUAUCAAUUAUAGCUCUCCUACUCUUGGGGCGGCUAUGCUGAAUCUUAUUCCUGGACUUACUUUUUUGCUUGCAAUCAUCUUUGGGAUGGAAAUAGUAAAUACAAGAAAUAUGACUUGUCUGGCAAAAUUGCUGGGAACCAUAGUGUCGAUUGCUGGAGCAUUCAUUGCGACUCUUUAUGAAGGUCCACCACUUCUAAAUAGGUCUGUGCCUUUGCACUCUCAUCAACUUAGUUUUCUUGGAGAACAGAAGGAAUGGAUUCUUGGUGGUUUCUUUCUUGCUGUUGAUUGUGUUAUGGCAUCUAGCUGGGUCAUCAUACAAGCAAUAAUUCUCAAGAAGUAUCCAGCUGAGCUCAUUGUUGUGUUCUUUUACUGCUUCUUUGUUGCUAUACAAUCUGGAAUUGUGACAUUUAUUGUGGAAAGGGAUCUAAGUGCUUGGAGUCUGAAGCCCACAUUGAGGCUGCUUGCAGUUGUUUACUCGGCAGUUUUUGGUUCGGCCCUCCAAGUUGGCCUUUCCGCAUGGUGCUUGCGCAGGAAGGGACCUGUUUUUGUUUGCAUGUUUAAGCCUCUGGGGAUUGCCAUAGCUGCAGUUGCAGGUGUUGUUUUCUUUGGGGAUACAUUUUAUCUUGGAAGUUUGCUUGGGGUGAUUAUAAUAGUUCUUGGGUUCUACUCUGUUAUGUGGGGGAAGGCUAAAGAAGAGAAGAAAAUCCAUGCCGAUCAAUUAGGCAGCGUGCAUUCUCCGACCGAAAAGAUGCCUUUGCUGGGAAAUCAAGCUGAAGACAUGGAUAAUUAUGUUGCUUAAGAAAGGCUGUCAAAAGUUGGAAGGAGUCCAAAUGUAUAUAUUGGGCAUGAAGGUUUCAAAUGAUGGUGCUGUAUUAUAAUGCAUGGAAGGCACGAUAGUUCUCUAUGCAUUUAGCUUUAAAGAAAUCUAUCAACCGGAAGAAUGGCGAUCUGCUGCCUGCAUGCAGAGUUGGGAAUCACAGCAUCUUUCUGUGAUCAGUGUCCAUAAUUUUAUGUAAUUAGUUAUCAUUUUAUGUAUAUGUAAUUACUUAUCAUUUUUCUCAUUAUCGUGUCUGAUAAUGCGAGAUUAUGAUGUAAAUAUUAUUUAUUUCCAUUAUUGGCCAUGAAGAAGUCUUGUAUAAACAUUAUGUAUAUACUUGUAUUUGUCAAUACAGGGAAUCAAAUCAAUGUUCCGAAAA